AUGGACGACCUGCUACUACAGUACCACAAUCUGGUGAACGACGGAGAAGAGACGGGUUUUCUCGACGACGAAGAAGACGCGAGGAUGCUAGCAGCUACCCUCGUCGCUGGAAUAGAGUUAGCUCGACUUGAUCGUGUCAAAACCCGGAACCCUAAGCGACUGUACCUUUGUCGUGCCCACUUACUUCCUGACCCACAUCGAAAUACCCCAUGGCAAGUGCUGUAUGCAAGUCACAGUGAUCUUAGUAGAACGACCCUGUGGUGGUUGCAGGAAUACGGAGAGAAUGGUGCCGGCACUGCUCACCUCGUACCCUGGCCGGUCGCAGUGGGAUGGGACUGCGUAUAUUGGAAAAUGUUUGGACUAGGUGGCGACCUUCGCCAUGCUGAACAUGUGUCAGGCGGACCUCAAGUCUUGGAUUAG